GUGGGGGAGGCAUUGGUGACGUGUCACGUCGGGGGAGCGAUUGCUGACAUGUCGUCGUGACACGUGGAAGAAUUGUGGAGCUUCUCCUCGUCCUCCGAUUGCCUGAGCUGUGCCCUUGACACGUGGCGGGGGCUUAUUCCUUUAUAUUCCCAGUGCCUCGGCGAUAGCAGCAGGACCAACAUAGCGUAGCAGCGCCAAUCAUCGUUUGACAAUGCUGUCCACCGGUGUGCGACGCUCUCUGAAGGCCGCGCCUCAAUGGGCCCGCCUGGGCCAACGGGGCGCAAGGACACAAGCGUGGGCGGGAAGUGGGGGACCGUUAGCGCAAGCGAUCCCGGCAGUUUCCGUGAGCGGCGACACUCAUCAGUCGCAAGAGGGGGGGUUCUUCUCUAAGCUCUUUGGCUUGAAGAAGUCGGGACCCGUAAUUACCCCCUUGUUCGAGCCGCUGCCGGGGCUCCAAACCCCCUCCCCUGUGGAGUUUGCCUCCAUUCCCCUGGAGACCAAGAUCACCACGCUUCCCAAUGGCAUGAAGAUAGCUUCUGAGGAUACGCCGGGCCCCACGACAACCGUCGGAUUGUACAUAGACUCUGGGAGCGUGUACGAGACUGCGGGGAACAAUGGCGUGUCCCAUCUGCUAGAGAGAAUGUCGUUCAAGACCACGAACAACCGAACCCAUUUCCGUUUGAUCAGGGAGGUGGAAGCCAUCGGGGGGAAUGUGCAAGCCUCGGCCUCCAGGGAGCAGAUGGCGUACACCGGCGACGCGUUGAGGACGCACAUGCCAGAGAUUCUGGAGCUGCUUGCCGACAGUGUGCGCAAUCCCAAGUUCGUUGAGUGGGAGGUAAAAGAACAGCUAGCAAGAGUGAAGGCGGAGGUGUCGGAGAUGGCAAACAAUCCUCAAUCGUUGAUGGUGGAGGCGUUGCAUUCAGCCGGGUACGCGGGAGCGCUUGGGCGGCCAUUGCUCUGCCCGGAAUCGAACGUGGGUCGUCUCGAUAGCGCGGCUUGCCGCGAGUUCGUUGAGGCUAAUUACACUGCUCCUAGGAUGGUCCUUGCGGCUUCGGGUGUGGACCACUCCGACCUCCUAGCGGUCGCUGAGCCCUUGUUUUCCGACUUGCCUAAGGUCGCGCUGCCGCCCACGCCGCUCACCGAGUACGUUGGCGGCGACUGGCGCCUUGCGGCGGACGCGCCUGUCACCCACGUCGCGCUGGGGUUCGAGUUCCCCGGCGGCUGGCGCAACGAGAAGGACGCUGUUGCCAUCAGCGUGCUGCAGAUGUUGAUGGGCGGCGGCGGCUCCUUCUCCGCCGGCGGACCCGGCAAAGGCAUGUACUCCCGCCUUUACACGCGCGUGCUCAAUCAACACGGCCAGGUCAAUUCUUGUACCGCUUUCAACAGCAUUUACAACAGCACUGGGCUGUUCGGUAUCCACGGCACCGCGCCGUCCGCUUUCAUCGCCAGUCUUGUUGACAUCAUGUGCGAGGAGUUCCUUGCCGUGGCAACCCCCGGAGGGGUGACCGAGACGGAGUUGCAGAGGGCGAAGAAUGCGACCAUCUCCCACGUCCUGAUGAACCUGGAAUCUAGAGUAGUGACGACGGAAGACAUCGGCCGCCAGAUUCUCACGUACGGACACCGCAAGCCGCCGGCGGAGUUCUGCAGCAUGGUGGAAGCCCUCUCCGCCGACGAUAUCACCGCCAUAGCUGCCAAGAUCACGAAGACACCCUUGUCCAUGGCCUCGUGGGGAGACGUUGUACAUGUGCCGCGGUUCGAUCAGGUAGCUGCAAGAUUUGCCUAAUUUGGAAAGGAAUUGGAACGCACGCACGGACGUACGUUUCGUACGCCCACGUCCUCUCUUCUCUUCUCCCUCGUCGUUACUUCUAUCCCUCUCCACUUCUGCCAUCGUCAAUUUAAGCAAAUCGUACGGACGUUACGCACGUUCGUAAAUUCUCUUCCCAAUUCAGAGGGGAAGCAGCAGCAGCAGGAGGAGGAGGAGGAGGAGGAGGAGGAGGAGGAGAUGACCUCUUUUUGUUUUUACUUCUCUCCCUCUCCACUUCUGCCCCCGUCGUCAAAUUCUCUCCCAAUUCAGAGGGGAAGUAG